AUGUCCUCAAAAAUCCAAUUUCCUCCAGCCUAUGUAUUCAAGUUUCUUCUUGGCAAUAAGGAAAUCAGAGAACUAGAAGAUGGAUUGGAUGGGUUUGGUGCGUUGCGAUAUACAAUUCAAGAAGCCGAAGUGGGACUCACGAGAAUUCCUACGAAGGCAAGAGUGGAAUUUGAGUUGAGGAAAUUGAAAUUCAUGACGGUUGACGUCACGAAUAUUGGAGGAGCGAUAGCAAACUCAGGGAAAGUGGAUGUCGAAGUGAAGGAGGAGAUGGCGAGGAAGAGGAAAGCUGAGUGUGGAAAGAAAGAGCGAAGGAGUGUUUUGAAUGAUAACGGGAAUGAGAUUAUCGAGCUUAGUUCUGAUGAAGACGAAACUGAAUCCGAGGAAGAGGAGGAGGAGAAAGGGGGAAUCGCUAGGAAAAAGUUGAAGUCAGCUGAUGGGACAAGUUCUCCUGCUCCUAUUGGAAGCGAUUAUGGUCAACAUAUUGUCAAAGUUCAAGACAUCAGCAAAUUUUCAAAUUACGUCAAUGUGCAGAAUACUUUCAAGGUUUUGAAGAUCGAUUGGUAUUUCGAUUCAAUCAAAGAAGGAAUGUUACUUCCCAUAGACAAAUACCUAAUAUACGAAGGACGACGAGUAACGGAGCCACCGAAAUCUCUCCCUUCAGAUCUCCUUACUCGCGCAGCAGCCGAUUCAGGAGGCUCUUCUAAUCACAAAUACAGUACCCAUUAUCGACAGCAACAAUCAAUCAAACCACUUACCCGGCCCACCCUCCUCACAGAAUCCACCUCCGAACAUGACGACCCAUCACAUUUCCCCCCAUUACCAGAAUAUCUCAAAACAAUCUACUCUUGCGAAAGACCCACCCCCUUAACCUCUCCCAACGAUCCCUUCAUCAACCAACUCAAAACCAUCAAGCUAAAGCGUCUCCUAGACGACGACCCCAUCGGUGUUCGCGCCUAUAGCACUUCUAUCGCCUCCAUAGCAGCUUACCCAUACCCCCUCCACUCACCCAACGAAAUUGUUCGUCUCCCGGGAUGCGACCAAAAAAUCGCCAAUCUCCUCCACCAAUUCCUGAACACAGGAACCACAGACGAAGUUCUCGAAUUCGAAAGAAAUCCCCGCAUGCAAGUCUUAAAAACCUUCUACAACAUCUGGGGCGUAGCCGACAUCACCGCGCGCGAAUUCCACGAUCAAAGAAACUGGAAAGAUCUCGACGAUGUCGUGGUCGAAGGCUGGAACGAUCUCAAACCGGUCCAAAAAGUCGGAGUCAAAUACUACGAGGAACUUAAUUCUACGAUUCCCCGCUCCGAAGUUGAAGCCAUCGGUUCCAUCAUUCUUUCGGAGGCGCGGAGAAUAGAUCCUGGCUAUCAGAUGGUUAUCGUAGGGGGAUUCCGGAGAGGAAAACUGGAAAGCGGAGAUGUGGAUAUCAUGCUCACGCAUCCGGAUGAGAGUCGCACGUUAGGAUUCCUCCCGGAACUAACAUGGAGAUUGGAGGAACAGGGAUGGAUUACGAAUAUUCUGCUGGAAUCGAUGAAGAAUAGCGAGCGCGGCCAACGGGCUGUAGAUCUGGGUUGGAAGAAAGAUCAAGCGCGAAAAAAGGGGUUUGAUAGUUUGGAUAAGGCGUUGGUGGUUUGGCAGGAUAUCAAUUUUCAGGCUGAGGAAGAAAAAGAGGGGGGAGAGAGCAAGAAACGCAAAAAUCCAAAUCCGCAUCGCAGAGUGGAUAUUAUUAUUACGCCGUGGAAGACGGCCGGGACGGCGAUUAUUGGGUGGUCGGGGGGAACGACCUUUCAGAGGGAUUUGAGAAAGUAUUGUAAGAAGAAGAAGAAUUGGAGAUUUGAUAGUAGUGGGAUUCGGGAGCGGGGGACAGGGGAAUGGAUUGAUUUGGAAAGGGGGGUGCAGGUGGAGGGGUUAGUAAACGGCGAUACAGAGAGGGUGGGAUGGAAAAUGGUGAUAUGGAAGGGAGGAUGGAAAAAGAUAUGA